AUUGUAAAAGCUUACCAAAUAAGGAAAUGAAGUAUUUAUAAACGAUCGAAAAUAAAAAGUGAAGCAAGCAUUUAAAAACAGAGGGAGUAUUAAAUAAUCAAGUCCGGGUAAGUGUUGGUAAAGUGGCGGGCAUGAAGGCAACUGUCGCGUCGGUAGCAAUGCAGGUGAAGCCUGAAAGUGAUACUCGUACGUAUCUUUGAGAUUUCCUUUAUAAUUAAAAUAAAAUAAUGAGAGAAAAAAAAGGAAAAAGGGUACUGUAAGACACGUAAUGAAACAGGAAAAGGGGGAAAGGGGAGAUGACAGACAGCAAAAGUCUAAAACCCAAGUGGAUUCUGGAGAGAGAUUUUAGCUGCAUUUCUUCGUUUUCUAGCUAGCUAGGGUUCCGAUAAGGUAAUUGGAGUUCAUUGAAUCGGAUCAAAGCAACCCAUGUCAGGGCUGGAGGAUGAUACAGACACAGGACCCUCGAAUCAGAAUCAGAAUCAGAAUCAGAAUCAUAUUCAUAGAGAUAAACGAGGGAAAAGGAAUAUCAAUCUAAGGCUACCUUCCUCCUUUUCCAUCGAGGACAUACGGGAUCCCAAACAGGAAUCUGCUGUCUUCACAUUGCGUCAAACCCUAAUUCACCGCAAAUUAUUGCCUGCAACCCUUGAUCACUACCAUACUUUGCUUAGGUUCUUGAAGGCUAGAGACUUUGACAUUCACAACACAAUACUCAUGUGGGAGGGAAUGCUUUGCUGGAGAAAACAAUUUGGAACAGACACCAUUUUAGAGGAUUUUCAUUUUCAAGAGCUUCAACAAGUCAUUCAGUAUUACCCUCAGGGUUACCAUGGACUUGACAUGGAAGGCAGGCCAGUUUACAUCGAGAGACUAGGAAAAGCCAACCCCACUAAGCUCAUGCGCAUCACCACUAUCGAUCGCUACUUAAAAUACCAUGUCCAGGAAUUUGAGAGGGCCAUACAGGAAAAGUUCCCUGCCUGUUCCAUUGCAGCAAAGAGAAGGAUCUGCUCAACCACAACAAUCCUGGAUGUACAAGGAUUGGGGAUGAAGAAUUUUACUAGGACUACUGCAAACCUUCUUGUUGCAAUGUCCAGGAUAGACAGCAGUUACUACCCAGAGACACUACAUCGAAUGUACAUUGUUAAUGCUGGUCCAGGAUUCAAGAAGAUGGUGUGGCCUGCUGCACAGAAAUUUCUUGAUACAAAAACAAUAGUAAAGAUUCAGGUUUUGGAACCAAAGUCACUCCCUAAGCUACUGGAAGCUAUAGAUUCAAGCCAACUACCUGACUUUUUGGGCGGCUCAUGUACAUGUUCUGUUUAUGGUGGGUGCCUUAGGUCUAACAAAGGCCCCUGGAAUGAUCCAGAAAUUAUGAAACUUGUACAUAAUGCAGAAGCAUCCCUUGUGAAGCAAAUGACAAAAGUAUCACAUGACCAGAAAUUUGAAUAUUAUGUACAAGUACUACCAUUAAAGGGGAAAAACUGCGGUAAAUCAGCAGUAGAAUCAGCUUCAGAUAUUGAUGAUUCCAGUUCUCCUACUGAAAGAAGGAGCUCAUCAUUUUCCUUUUUGGCUCCUGUUCAUGAAGAAACUAAAAUUGCCGAAGCUAAUGAGUACUAUAGUCGCAAUGCCCAUUUUUCUGCAACUGAUAAUGCGGUCAGAGGUGAUAGGGUGAGAAAGCCGCAUACCUCAUCUUCUUGUACAGAUGGUCCUGUUACAAGAAUACUUGAUUCUGAAGGUACUUCCUCUAUAUAUAGGCUCUUCAAGUUUGAGAUUAUAGUUAAUAACAUGAACAUACGAUCCCUCACAAGCUCUCUUAAGUCUCUACUUGUAAGAAUUGUCGCAUAUCUCUGUCUAGUGCUUUUUAGGUUUUGGCCUAGGAGAAACUCAAUUCAUUUAUCUAGCUUAUCUGACCAUGGAGUGGAGAACCACACACAACUAAUUAAGAACGAGAAUGGAAAAAACUGUGUGCUUCCUUGUCUAGAACGUCUUCGCAUAGUAGAGAAACGUUGUGAAGAGCUUAGUGAAAGACCGGCGGCUAUCCCUCCAGAAAAGGAACAAUUGCUUCAGGAAUCUUUGGAUAGGAUCAAGAGUGUUGAAUGUGACCUUGAAACAACAAAGAGAGUGCUGCAUGCUACAGUGAUGAAGCAAGUUGAGAUAGCUGCAUUCUUGGAAAAUCUACAGCUGUCCAAAUGCCAUUGCAAGCACUUGUUUUACAAUAUGAUAUCGCAAAUCGCCCAUCCUGAGAAACUUAAUUCUUCAAUCCUAGUCGUGGCUUGCUAUCAGGGGGAACAUCUGGAUCAAGCUUUUUCCUUGAUGCUAUCUUUACAGUAAGGUUCCAUUUGGUUUGAUGUAAAUUAUUUUCAUGGAAAAUGAUUUUCCCAUUUUUCUUUGUUUGGUUUGCGAAGGGUGGAAAACAAUUUUCCCAAUGGUGAAAAAUGGAAAAUUGCAUCAUCAAUGAUUAAAAAACAUUUUCCUUUACAAAACAAGGAAAGCCACAUUUUCAUCCCUCCUCCUUACCUCCUUUUUACUUUCCUCUCAUCCAUCCUCACAUUCCCACUCCUAUUUUUGAUUUUUCUUUUAACUUUUUUUGUAUGCAACCAAACAAAGAAAAACUAAUUUGCAAUUGUGUUUUUCCUUGAAAAUAUGUUUUCCAUGAAAAGUAAUUUUUCAUUGAAAAUGUUUUACAUCAAACCAAAUGGAUCCUAAAGGUUUUUUAAGAGAUAUAUAUCAUGAAAGCUAUUUACAAACCAAAGUAGAGAUUCUAUUGUUUAACUCUACACGCUGCAAUUUUAUGGUUAUUUAGAUAAGUUAGCUGCAAAGUCUACACUUUUUCUUUAUUGUUCCUUAGAUAACAUGAGAAUUUUCUGGAUGAUGAUUGUCUUAUUAUUUUUUAUACUCUCUAACUAGGUAUAUAUGGACUGAUAUGCAUAUUCCUAGUCCUAGAGAUAGUUUUUCAUCUCAAAGAAGUAUUUUCAGAUCACGAUGUCCAUUAUGAUAGAGAAUAGUUCUAAAAAAUGUCUCCUUAGGUCAUUUUUCCGAUUCUUUUUUUUGCUGAGAUCAACAUCUUUUCUUAAUAAUGUUUUCAUCCUCUUUUCUAGUAUUGUUAAGCAACCCAUUUACUGCUGUUAUCUUUGAAAUAAGUAUCUGUAUUAGAAUCAUGUUGAGUCAGCCAUUUGUUCGUUUGUUUGUG